UGUUACAUGAUGCUGCCCAUGAGUUCCAGCAAGAAAGAGGCAACUUAGAUAAGAAACCAUGAGUUUGAGUUCAAGUACUCAACUCCUCUCACCAUUUCUCAAAACUUCAAAACUCAACUCAUCAUCAUCAGUUAUUACAAGCACAAGCACUUCAACUCGCCACCCUGUAGUAAAUUUCUUGCCAAGUUUAUUAUCUCCUAAUCCAAAAACACAACUUGUCUGGACCUCUAACAUAAUAUCCAUAGCUUUAGCUAUCACCACUUUCACUUCACCACUACCAUCUCUAGCUAUCCCUUCUUUCAACUCUCCCCCACCCUCAACUCCCCCUACCACUCCUUUCUCUCAAGCCAAGAACUUGCCAACUGGUCUUGAUAAUGGAACAAUUAGAGCUUGCCCGUCGACAAACCCUAGCUGUAUAUCCACUAAUCCUAAGUCUUCAUCUUCUGCAUUUCCGUGGUUGAUUUCCCAGAAAACUUCCGAGGACAAUCCUGCUCAGCAAUUGUUUGAAGCAAUUCUUGAGACUCAGAAAAAUGUGAAGAUUGAUAAUGUUGAGCACACCCCAACUGGUGACUAUUUGCAAGCAGAGGUUGAUGGAAAUCUUGGUCGUGAUGUUCUGGAGUUUUUGGUUAAAGGAGACGUCGUUGCUUAUCGAGCUAUGGCCACAAAGGUAACCUAUUUAUACCCUUUCACUACUGCCUUGGGAGAUUCAAAGGGACAAGAAGAAAGACUGAAAAAGAUUGUUGAUCAGUUAGGGUGGUAUGCUCCAACUCUGGAAUCCAUGGAAUAGAGUUACUAUGUUUGCACACAAUGGGCACAUUCUCAAUGGCAAUUUUUGCUAAAUUACUAUGAACUUUAGUUUUCUCUAUAUAUAUAUGUUAUUUGCACAUACGAUUGUGCAGUUAUUUUUGGCAUUGGUUGUAAAUGUCUAAGAACAAGUGCUCCUUUUGGUCUUACUUCCAUAUUUCUACAUUCUGUUUCUAUAA